UCCAGAUGAAUUACUUGGUCCUGGAGGAGAACGUGGACAAUGACCCCUGUAAGUUUGCGCUCAUGAAUAGAGAGACUUCUGAGAGGGUCAUUCUGCAAGCCGCCAACGCGGACAUCCAGCAGGCCUGGGUACAGGACAUCAAUCAAGUCUUAGAAACACAGCGAGACUUCUUAAAUGCCCUACAGUCGCCCAUUGAGUAUCAACGGAAAGAACGGAACACAGCCGUGAUGAGGUCCCAGCCAUCCAGGGUUCCCCAAGCCAGCCCCAGGCCCUACUCCUCUGUCCCCACGGGCUCUGAGAAGCCCCCAAAGGGCUCCAGCUAUAACCCACCUCUGCCACCCCUGAAGAUAUCUACCUCCAAUGGCAGUCCAGGGUUUGACUACCACCAACCUGGGGACAAGUUUGAGGCCAGCAAGCAGGGCGACCUGGGAGGCUGCAAUGGGACCUCAUCCAUGGCCGUGAUCAAAGAUUACUAUGCACUGAAGGAGAACGAAAUCUGUGUGAGCCAAGGUGAGGUGGUCCAGGUCCUCGCCGUCAACCAGCAGAACAUGUGCCUGGUGUACCAGCCUGCCAGCGACCGCUCCCCGGCGGCCGAGGGCUGGGUCCCAGGCAGCGUCCUGGCGCCCCUCCCCAAAGCCACGGCGGCCGCAGAAAAUAGUGACGGAAGCAUCAAGAAGUCAUGUUCAUGGCAUACUCUACGAAUGAGAAAGCGGGCGGAAGUGGAGAACACGGGUAAAAAUGAAGCCACAGGGCCUCGUAAACCCAAGGAUAUUCUGGGCAACAAAGUCUCUGUUAAAGAGACGAACAGUUCCGAGGAGUCAGAGUGUGAUGAUCUUGACCCUAAUACUAGCAUGGAGAUCUUAAAUCCAAAUUUCAUCCAAGAAGUGGCCCCAGAAUUCCUUGUGCCCUUAGUGGAUGUGACCUGCUUGCUUGGGGACACGGUGACACUGCAGUGCAAAGUCUGUGGGCGGCCGAAGCCCACCAUCACCUGGAAGGGGCCAGACCAGAACGUCCUUGACACGGACAACAGCUCAGCCACAUCCACCGUCUCCUCCUGUGAUUCGGGGGAAAUCACCCUGAAGAUUUGCAAUCUGAUGCCCCAGGACAGUGGGAUUUAUACCUGCAUAGCAACAAAUGACCACGGCACCGCGUCUACGUCUGCUACAGUUAAAGUGCAAGGUGUUCCAGCGGCCCCUAACCGCCCCAUCGCCCAGGAGAGAAGCUGCACCUCCGUGAUCCUCCGCUGGCUGCCUCCCUCCAGCACGGGAAACUGUACAAUUUCUGGUUACACCGUGGAGUACAGAGAAGAAGGUUCCCAGGCCUGGCAGCAGUCGGUGGCUUCGACCUUGGACACUUACCUUGUCGUCGAGGACCUCAGUCCUGGGAGUCCUUAUCAGUUCCGAGUCAGCGCCAGUAACCCCUGGGGGAUCAGCCUUCCCAGCGAGCCCUCGGAGUUUGUGCGACUCCCCGAGUACGAUGCUGCUGCUGAUGGUGCCACCAUUUCUUGGAAGGAAAAUUUUGAUUCAGCUUAUACUGAGCUGAAUGAAAUUGGAAGAGGCCGUUUCUCCAUAGUGAAGAAAUGCAUUCACAAAGCCACCCGCAAGGAUGUUGCCGUGAAAUUUGUUAGCAAAAAAAUGAAGAAAAAAGAGCAGGCUGCCCACGAGGCUGCCCUGCUUCAGCACCUGCAACACCCCCAGUACAUCACUCUCCACGACACCUAUGAGUCCCCCACGUCCUACAUCCUGAUUCUAGAACUGAUGGAUGACGGCCGGCUCUUAGACUACCUUAUGAAUCACGAUGAGCUGAUGGAGGAGAAAGUUGCUUUCUACAUCCGAGACAUCAUGGAGGCGCUGCAGUACCUUCACAACUGUAGGGUGGCCCAUUUGGACAUAAAGCCGCUGAUAUUUCCCUGGACCAAAAGGACUAAUUGCACUUUGAGGCCAACACUGCUUUUUGGCGCCUAUUCUCCACACAAGGUUGCAGAUAUUUUAUUCCAAACUGCCCAAAAUGCAGGAAUCCAUUUUGACAGUGUGUGUGGAGUACCUUAUACAGCUUUACCGUUGGCUACAGUUAUCUGUUCAACCAACCAAAUUCCAAUGCUUAUUAGAAGGAAAGAAACAAAGGAUUAUGGUACUAAGCGUCUUGUAGAAGGAGCUAUUAAUCCGGGAGAAACCUGUUUGAUCAUUGAAGAUGUCGUUACCAGUGGGUCUAGUGUUUUGGAAACUGUUGAGGUUCUUCGGAAGGAGGGAUUGAAGGUCACUGAUGCCAUAGUGCUCCUGGACAGAGAGCAAGGAGGCAAAGACAAGUUGCAGGCCCAUGGGAUCCAUCUUCACUCAGUGUGUACAUUGUCCAAAAUGCUGGAGAUUCUUGAGCAGCAGAAAAAAAUUGAUGCUGAGAUGGUUGAGAGAGUGAAGAGAUUUGUUCAGGAGAAUGUUUUUGUGGCAGCUAAUCAUAACGAUUUACUCCUUCCUAUAAACAAAGCUCCCGGAGAACUCAGCUUUGGUGCACGUGCAGAGCUGCCCAGGAUCCACCCAGUUGCAUCGAAGCUUCUCAGGCUUAUGCAGAAGAAAGAGACCAAUCUUUGUCUGUCUGCUGAUAUUUCAGAGUCCAGAGAGCUGUUGCAGCUAGCAGAUGCUUUAGGACCCCUCAUCUGCGUCCUUAAGACUCAUGUAGAUAUUUUGAAUGAUUUUACUCUGGAUGUGAUGAAGGAGUUAACAGCUCUGGCAAAACGCCACAAGUUCUUAAUAUUUGAAGACCGGAAAUUUGCAGAUAUAGGAAACACAGUAAAAAAACAGUAUGAAGGUGGUGUCUUUAAAAUAGCUUCUUGGGCAGAUCUGGUCAAUGCUCACGUGGUGCCGGGCUCGGGGGUAGUGCGGGGCCUGAGCGAAGUCGGCCUGCCUUUGCAGCGUGGGUGCCUGCUCGUUGCGGAGAUGAGUUCUGCCGGCUCCUUGGCUACAGGCAGCUACACUGACGCGGCGGUUAGAAUGGCGGAGGAGCAUCCUGAAUUUGUGCUUGGUUUUAUUUCUGGCUCCCGAGUAAGCAUGAAUCCAGAAUUUCUUCACUUGACUCCAGGAGUUCAGUUAGAAGCAGGAGUCUUAACGGCAUUUUGACCAGGAGAAGAUUCCAUCUCAAGAAACCAUUUUCUUGGGUCUUUGCUCAUCCGUAAGAAGCAAC